AUGGCCCUUCUUGGAAUGCUCCUCCUUAUUCCGUGCAACUGGGGUGCAGCAUAUGGUUACAUGAAGACUCGCAACUUCUACCACGGAACAUUCAUUGAAAGAGCCAUUGUCGACAAGUUCUGGAGCAUCCUUGGUAACGACGUUAUCACGCCCAACAAAUACGACUCUCACUCUGAGACGGCCAAGCUCAAACCCUGGUCCAAUGCCAUGUUUGUGGCGACGAGUAUAGGCAUUCUCAACUACGAGAACGACUUUUUCGAGGUUGUCAAGGAAGGGUUGGUCAAGAUACAUAUUGCUGAUGUCGAACGGUUGAGUAAGCAGACAGUGCACUUGUCUGAUGGCACGGGAUUGCAUACGGAUGUGCUGUGCUGUGCAACAGGUUGGAAACAUGUUCCUCCGAUCAGAUUCCUACCAGAUGGGAUCACUGAGGAUAUUGGGAUGCCUCAUACGCCGUCGCCGAGUUCGUUCCCUUACGCCUCAAUCCUCGAUCAGGUCGAUAAGGAGAUCUUCGACAAGUUCCCUCGUCUCAAGGACCAGCCCAUACAGAAAGUGCAAAAUAGCAAGUAUCAUACACUGCUAGAGGACAAAGGUCUCUCAAGUAAUGAUGAUAUCACGCCAUCGACAGAGCUGACGCCAUACACGCUAUAUCACUUCAUCAUCCCACCUUCAAGUCAGUUCCUCAAGACCCGAGAUAUUGCUUUCGUGGGAAUGGUAGUCAACUUCAGCCACCCCAUGGUUUCCCAUGUCCAAUCGCUCUGGAUGAACGCUUUCUUCGAUGAGAUGAUUCCAGCUCUCCCCCGAAAUCCCUCACCAGAGUUUGUAUCUCGAUUCCAGCAUGAGGCAGUGCCUAAUAGUCGGUUCGGAAAAUGGAGAUACCCAAGUGGUUUUGGCCACAGCUUUCCAGACAUUGUGUUUGAUGCUGUUCCGUAUCCGGACCUGCUGCUCAAGGACUUGGGUUUACCGAUAUACAGGAAGAAUGGUGUAUUUGCUGAGAUGACGGAUCCAUAUGGGCCAGACGAUUAUACGACGGUCGUGGAUGAGUGGAAAGCAGGCAAAGCAAGUUGA